UCGUCGACGGCAAGAGGAGGUAGGCAUGGACCCCCACACGGACAAGGCCAAGCGGUAUCUGAAGAAGCUCGGUUCUGCCCUCUUCAAGGUGCUUAUCCUCUCCGAGUCGUACGGGACACGGAGGGCAUCGCUGGAGGUGUCCAAGGCUGGCGUGGUCAUCGCCUUCCAGGAGCCGCUCAACGGCGUUCGCGUCCUCUACGACGAGUCGUUCGAGACAGCACCUAUCUCGAUCAUGAUCCAUCCGCGAAGCGACAAGCUGGUGAUGAUCAAGUUCUCUGCAGGGCGACAGCUCGCGUUUGCUACGCAGUCGCCGUACGAGUCGAACCUGCUGGUGUGGUGCCUCGAGUACUUUCAGUACGAGGCGUGAGGGCGCGGCGUGCAUGGAGGGUGAUUUAGGUUGAGGGCGCAGCAGCUACUGGAUAGCACAGCAGGCCUUUGCGGCGGCGGCCAUGUCGCCCUUGGCCAAGGCCUUGUUGACGGCGUCGAGGUCCAUGUUCUGAGCCCACUUGUAGCGCUUCUUGAGCUGGUUGGCGAUGGCAAUGAUCUCGGGCGAGACGAUGCCUGGGUCGUCGGGCGGGACCUCGGUCCGGCCCAUCGACGGGCCGGACGACGACGAGUCGUCAAAGUCGUCGCCACCCACAACAGGGCCGGUCGGCGCAAGCGCGCCAGGGUCGCCGACGCCUGCGGGCGCGGCCGGGCGCGGUGGCAGCGGCUGGAGGCCCUCAGUCGAGGUCACCUCGAGGUCGUCGCGGCAGUAGAUGGAGACAAAGUAGUCGCCCUCCUGGCCGGCCUCAAAGGUGAACGGCAGCAUGGCGUACGAGCCUGGUGCAAGCGUCGCCUCCAUGACCGCCUCGCGCAUGUUGGAGAUGGGUGACUGGAGGACAGGCUUGCGGUACGAGGUCACCCGCGAGCCGUCGCACUUGAAGAGACAGAACCCGAUGUACAUGUCGUUGCGGCCAGUCUGCCGCGGGUCGCGGAUUUGCAGCGAGAGAAUGACUUCGGCCUCGGCUUCGAGCGUGAUGAUAAACUGGUGGUUGUUG